CAGCCGCUCACUGCUGCUCGCUGGCCAUCCCAUCCAUCUCAACAUCGUAUCCCGUCUUCUCCACCCUUCCACUUUCCGCUCCUUCCUCCUCUCCCCCUCGCAAAACUCUCCCUCGGACCUCCUCGCUUCGCCGCGCAUCGCCCACACUCAGGCGACCUCGGCACACGAUGAACGUCCAAGAAAUCCACCUCCCCCAGGGCUGGGAAGCCAGAUGGGACACGGGCUCGAACCAAUAUGUCUACUACAACACCGAGACCGGCCAGUCGCAGUGGGAGGUCCCCACCCGGCCAGUGUUUGGCGGCGGUGAUGGCGGCCGCUCGACCGCUUCCCCCCCUCCGGCCAGCGGGCACCACCACUCCAAGCGCAGGCAGUACCCCACUGCGCAAAUGCAGCAGGUCUAUGGUGCGGGCGUUGCGCAGCAGCCCGCGUAUGACGCCGGCGCUGCAGCCUACGGGCAACCGCAGGCGCAGGCCGCGUACCCCGGCCAGGCGCAGAUGCAGCAGCCCCAGUUCAUCACGCCCGGUAUGGAAGGCCAGCAGCAGCCGCAGCAGCAGCCCGCGUAUGGGCAGCAGCCGGGUUACGGCGGAGCGUACGGCCAGCCGCCCGUGGAUCAGAUGGCAAACCAGUUCCAGAACCUCGCCGUCGGUGGUGCGCAGCCUGCAGGUUAUGGCCAGCAGCCAGCGUACGGUGCGCAACAGGGCGGGUUCGUUGAGCCCAAGCAAAUGCACCCCGUCCACACGGUCAACCUGAUAGGCAUGCAGCCCGACGUCCGCGGCCUCGACGCACCGCCCCCGCAGGCGCUGCUGCCGUCAAACGCUGCUGUCGUUCAGUCGCCGCACAUCAUUCCCGACCCGUCGUACCAGCGUUGUACGCUCGCAACAAUGCCCACGACCCAGUCGCUUCUCAACAAGUCCAAGCUCCCGCUUGCGCUUGUCAUGGCGCCGUACAGAUCGUUCCGCGAGUCAGACGGCGAUGAUCCUGUUCCGGUUGUCACUGACUCGGUCAUUGCCCGCUGUCGCCGCUGCCGCGUCUACAUCAACCCCUUCGUCACCUUCACCGAGGGCGGCAACCGGUGGAAGUGCUGCAUGUGCGGUCUGAGCAAUGAGGUGCCGCAGCUCUUUGACUGGGACUCGAUCGAGAACAAGCCGGCCGAUCGCUGGGCUCGCAAGGAGCUUAACCAUUCCGUGGUCGAGUUUGUUGCGCCCACCGAGUACAUGGUUCGCCCGCCCCAGCCUCCCGUUUACUGCUUCGUCAUUGAUGUGAGCCAGCCGGCAAUCCAGUCGGGCAUGGUCGCAACGGCGGCUCGCGCCAUCCUCGAGUCGCUGGACAACAUCCCCAACCAGGACAAGCGGACAAAGAUUGCGUUCAUCGCCGUCUCCACCAGCCUUCACUUCUUCUCCCUUCCCGCUGGUGAGGACGCUGAGGCGUCCAUGCUUGUUGUUUCCGACCUCACGGAUGUAUUUCUGCCCAAGCCUGUCGACCUCCUCGUCAACCUCACAGAGUCGCGCCCCGCAAUUGAGAACCUCCUUGGCAAGCUCAGCGACAUGUUCCAGGAGUCGCACGUCGUUGGCAACGCCCUCGGUUCGGCGCUUCAGGCAGCCCAUGAGCUCAUCGGCAAGAUUGGUGGCAAGAUCGUCUGCCUGUCAUCCAGUCUGCCGACACUGGGCACCGGUGCGCUCAAGCCUCGCGACGACCCCAAGCUACUCGGCACGAACAAGGAAGGAUCGCUCCUCCAGGCCGCCAACAGCUUUUACAAGACGUUCGCGAUCGAGUGCUCGAAGUCGCAGGUGUCGGUUGACAUGUUCCUCUUCUCCUCGGCCUACACCGACGUUGCAACACUGUCCUGCCUGCCCCGCUACACGGCUGGUGAGACAUACCUCUACCCCGGCUUUAAUGCGUCGCGCAGCGAGGACGCUAUCAAGUUUGCGACCGAGUUUGGCAAGGUCUUGGCCAGCCCCAUCGGUCUGGAGGCCGUCAUCCGUGUACGUGCCUCUCGCGGCAUCCGCAUGUCGGCAUUCCACGGCAACUUCUUCAUUCGCUCGACCGACCUGCUUGCGCUCCCUGUGCUGCCUCAAGACCAGAACUACGUGAUUGAGCUGCAGCUCGAGGAAGACCUUAAGCAGCCCUUUGUUGUGCUCCAGACUGCCAUCCUCCACACGACGUGCUAUGGUGAGCGCCGCAUCCGCGUCAUCACGCAGGCGCUUCCCACCACCGACACAAUCGCCCAGCUGUACGCAUCAGCCGACCAGAUCGCGAUCACAUCGUUCCUUGCCAACAAGGCAGUUGAGAAGAUCCAGUCCAACUCGACGCUUGACGACGCACGCAACCUCGUCACUAACCGCCUGGGCGAGAUGCUCUCAGUGUACAAGAACCAGGUGGCGGGUUCCGCUGGCGCGUCAGCACAGCUGGCUGUUCCCGCCAACCUGGCGCUUCUGCCAUUGCUCUGCUGUGGUCUCGUCAAGCAUGUUGGCUUGCGCGAGGGUGCGACGAUCCCACCCGACCUGCGCGCCUAUGCGCACGACUUGCUUACAACACUCCCCACUCAGUCGCUCGUGCCAUACAUCCAUGCGCGCUUCUACAGCUUGCACAACAUGCCGGCCGAGGCAGGCACGAUCGGCGAGGCGGGUGUCAUUAUGCCACCUGCACUCAACCUCACGUCGGAGCGACUGGAGCGCCACGGUCUCUUCCUUAUCGAGGACGGGCAGAACAUGUUCCUUUGGGUCGGGCAGGAAGCUGUCCCGCGCCUCGUCCAGGACGUGUUUGACCUGCCAUCGUACGCCGAGCUGCAGGGCGGCAAGGGCACGCUGCCCACACUCGACAACCCGUUCAACCAGCGCGUCAACGCCAUCAUUGCGAAGACUCGCGAGCUGCGUCGCGGCGUCUAUCGCCCUACGUUGUACAUUGUCAAGUCGGAUGCCGAGCCUGCGCUGCGCUCGUGGGCGCUCAGCUUGCUCAUCGAGGACCGCAUGGACCACAUGAGCAGCUAUGCGCAGUACCUCACACGCGUCAAGAACAAGAUCAACGGGUCGUAAUCGUAGUAGAUAAGGCACAGCUUACAUGGAUGUCAUCGUUAGAGCGG